CGUAAAGCACACCUGUUCUAAUAGGCUAGUAAGCUGUUAAGAAACCAGUUUCGGAAGCCUUCAUCUGAACGCUUCCGAUCGGAUAAGUUCUUGUUUAAAAUUUGAAAUAAUUACAUUAUGCAGCUCGUAAAGCUAAAAACUGGUUGAACACUUCCGUUCCAUUUUUUCCUAAACCCUUCUGAAGACGACAUUGACUUUGUUGCGAUUACGUUCCACGCAACCGCUUUCCCUUUUCUUCUUCAUCGACCGAUUAGUAGAAGUAGCGUGGUUAUCUACCUGGGUUACGACUAAUUCCACAGUUCGAAAGCAACCCCACCCCAGCAACAGACACCGAUUGGAAGCUAAUGUUUUAAUUCAUUGAUUCGUAAUUAGCGCCCCAAGCUUGUGGCAUGUCAGCUUUGCUCCUUGGCCCGUGCUGACCGAAACUUCUUCGCUGCACAGAGCCGUGCGCUGGGUUUUUAAUUCGAGGAGAAGAUUUUUGGUUUAUCCAAAAAAAAUUUCAGAUCUUUGGAAUAGUUCUUGUGGCAAUCGAUUGGAAAAUAAACUACGCUUCUACUAAAAUACGGAACAUCAACAAAACCACAGCUCCAACCUACCUGUGGUAGCUUAAGCGCCAAAAAAAACCUCAUUGAUUGACGCGAUUGAUAGAAAAAAAAUCAACGAAAAAAAAAACUACCCGUUCUAUACGGAACCUGCUUCAGCAUUAGAGGUGAGCACAAACUGCUGAUCACCGUCGUUUGUUCAGUGUUACUUUUUCCUUCGCGCGGUACGCUUGCAGUUCAGCAGCAUGCUCACCAUCGCAGCUUGAACGAGUUUUCGUACUAAUUUUGUGCUGUUGUGAUACAAAACAAAAACAUGACUGCCAUCAGCAAAUACUGGAACGAACUGACGACGGGAGUGGACUGUGCAGCGCUAACGCAUCCGGGAAAGUCUUGCAACGAACAUAUCCGUUUUCAGUUGGGGGCUACACUGUGGGGUAACGUGCAGUUUGUGAUUCCGAUAUGGAUGCUACGGUUCUUCCUGCUGGCGUACACGCGUCGGGCAGUGUCGUGGGAAAUUGCGCGCCAGACGCUAUUUGAAUUCAGCGCCAUGAUCGCGAACGGAUGGAUCGUGUCCAAUAGUUGGAGUGCUGGCUUUUGUGCGAUAUAUCAUACCUUUGGAAGGAUCAUCAACAAUUAUUCGAUCUCACUGCCCGGUCUGCCCGGAACGCUGGCAAUGUUCUGGAUGCCGGCGUACGUGCAGAUGAGCCAUUCGCGGGCGAUUUUCAAUGUGUUUCUAGAGUGUUGGAUCAAAUCUAGAGAGCACCCGGUGAUGGAAUACGCGAGAGAAUCGAGACUGGUCGGGACAGUGGCGUUCAUGCUCAUCAGCGCUCUCAUCGGACACUAUUCACUGAGAACAAAAGCGGUGGAGUUUUGGUUUUUUGCACCUCUGAAAAAAGAUCUCAACCCAACCGGAGACAAGCGGCAGGCCAACAAAGUAUGCUACCACCGGGAAGAUUGUCGCUCCUACAUCCUGGAUGGAAUGAAAACCUGUUUCACCUUCGGAAUGAUUCUGGAGCUCGCCAGGAAACUGAUAGCUUCGAUUCCCAAAAUCCGGAAGCAUCCUUCCACGCUAUUUCACGCACUAUCCCGGAUGCGCUUCAAGUUUGUUGCCUUCCUAACCCUCUACAAUGGGCUGUUUCGGCUCGUGAACUGUCUACUGGCUCACCACCGACGAAAAGUCUCCCCCUAUGACAGCACUCUAGCCGGCCUGAUCAGUGGAAUAUCCUACACGCUGUCGCCAAACUUCAACGUAUUCAAUCUGGCAGUAACCGCCAUGAUACAGAACGUCUGGAACUACGUCAGUGAAAAGUAUGCCCGGCUGGAGUUAAUCCAGCGCAUGAAUCGACUAUCGUUCAGCUCGAUCACCUGGAUUAUUCUGAUGAACUACAAUAUGUACAGCAGGGCUUACUAUCCGUACGCAAUGUCCAAAUACGCACUCAAAUUCACCGACCUGUGCUCCAGUUCCCAAGCAUGUACCGCGUCGGAAUGUUUAGCCAAAUUAUUCCUAAGUGCAAGUUAACAUAUUCUAGCUUUUAAGUUCCUGGUUCCAGUUGUGGAAAUUACUGGUUGUGAUAGCGAAAUGGGUUUUUUGAUAAGGC